AUGUAUCAUCCGACAUCACUCUACUAUUCAACAGUAUCAUCAUGUACAGAUAAUAGUUGCAUUGAUUUUGGAAUUUAUGGAAUUGAACAAAAUGAUUGCUGUUUGGAUUUAAAUUGUAUUGAACCAUCAUUAAUCCCUGAAGAACAACAAACAUAUACUUAUCCUACUACUCCAUAUAAUAAUGGUAUUACAACAAUUACUAGUAGUAGUAGUAGUAGUGGUGGUGGUGGUUAUAAUGAUACUGUAACAGAUAGUACAGAUCAAAUGACUAAUCGAAUUUCACGUCGAACGAUCAGAAAAAAGCGCUCAAAAAAGGAUCCAAAUGAACCUCAAAAGCCCGUUUCAGCAUAUGCUUUAUUUUUUCGUGAUACGCAAGCUGCCAUAAAAGGAAGGAGUCCAAAUGCAAGUUUUGGUGAAGUAUCAAAAAUUGUCGCAUCAAUGUGGGAUACAUUAGAUUGUCAUGCAAAGAAUCUUUAUAAACAGAGGACAGAAAUAGCAAAAAAGGAUUAUUUGAAAAAGCUUGCCGCUUAUCGUGCUCAACAAAUAUCACAGAAUGAAACAGUUCAACCGGUAUUGAUACCGGAAAAAGGAAGACCAUUAGCAGUGGAAACAAUGAAUUCCGCAAGUUCAUCAAACAUGAAGCAUGAAGUUGAUACGACUGCAAUAGGUGAAACGACCCUGGCAAAUUUGAUAGCUCGUCCACCAUCGACAAAUUUUUCAUCACUUUACCUCCAUCAACGGUUCAAUGAAACAGUUCAACCGGUAUUGAUACCGGAAAAAGGAAGACCAUUAGCAGUGGAAACAAUGAAUUCCGCAAGUUCAUCAAACAUGAAGCAUGAAGUUGAUACGACUGCAAUAGGUGAAACGACCCUGGCAAAUUUGAUAGCUCGUCCACCAUCGACAAAUUUUUCAUCACUUUACCUCCAUCAACGGUUCGUAAAAUUGAAUCUAUAA